CGCAGAGAGAAGCUGUGACGUCACAAGAGUUGUAAACAAAACGUCAGGAACAGAGUUCCAGGAUGGGGGACAGUGAUGAAGAGGAGGCAAAUGAGGGGGGAGGAGGCAUCAGUCAGACCCUGUCCCUCACUAGCUUCCUCUUCGGUAACAUUGACGCUCAUGGACAGUUGGAGGGAGAUGUCUUUGAUGGAGAAUGUAAACGUCAGCUGGCCUCCCUGUCACGCUUAGGCUUAGGGUCACUGCUGCGGCAGGUGACAGAUGAUGGGGAGGAUGACGAGGAGGAAGACGAAGAUGAAGAUGAGCAGGGUGAUGAUGAUGAAGAGGUAUUAGAAAAAAGUCCUUCUGCUGUGGAUUACUCGGAUAUCAAUGAAGCUGUGGAGGAAGAUGCUCUAGCUCAAGAAGAAGAUGAUGGAGAAGACUAUGAUUUAGAUGAUGAUGACAAUGGUAUCAACAAGUCCGAUGCCGAACUCAUGCCACCACCUCCACCAAAGAUCUCAGAAGCAGGCACUACAUCACCCUCUGGUGACAAAAGAAGGCUUAUUACCCCUCUGGCAGCCAUGUUGCCUUCCAAGUACCAGAAUGUGGAUGUCAGAGAAUUAUUCCCAGAUUUCAGAAUGGAUGCUGUGUUGCGAUUUUCACGCCUGUUUGGACCUGGAAAAUUGUCAAACCUGCCUAAAAUAUGGAAGACAGUGAGGAGAAAGAAGAAGAGGAGGCAACACAGUCUUGAUGACAGGAGCAUGUUGUCAAGUGAUGAUGGUUACCCAAGUGAAGAUAGUGUGAUAUCAGUGGCAGACAUUCCGCGUGGGUUUGAAUUGCAGUUUGGAACAGAGCCACCACCAGACAGUUGUUUUCCAGAUGAUGCUGUACGUUUUAGUCAAACACAGGAACAAGAUACAACCACUUCAAAUCAAAAAAACGAAGGGGGUAAGAAUGGAGACCGAGACCCUAAUAGACCUCAUGAGGCUGAUUGGCGUUAUGGUCCAGCACAGCUGUGGUAUGACAUGCUGGAUGUUCCACCAGCAGGAGGGAAUUUUGACUAUGGCUUUAAAUUGAAGUUACAGGAAAUGAAACCACCAGAGAAAAUUGAAAUGAAGACUGAGGAACCUGAGAUUGAGCAGCCCUUGAAGAUGAUACUUAGAAUGAAUGUCUAUGAUGCAGACAACGAGGGAGAGUUCCCAGAUGACUGCUUCCACAUGGUCACACAGUACAAUUGGGAGGAAGACAUCAUUUGGAAUGGGGAUGACAUCAAGCAUAAACUUAAUCAGAAACGGAAGAACAUGGCUGCCGGGUGGGUGCCGAGCAGUUACAACAGGACGGCGCAAGCUUUCAGUCAGCCCUCCAAAGUGACUACACCUUUCGCCUCAGCAAAAGCAGCCAAAACGAAAAGCCAAAUGCCCAAAGGCAAUUUAGACGACACAUGGUACUCCAUCUUCCCCGUGGAGAAUGAGGAGUUGGUGUACGGUCGAUGGGAAGACAACAUCAUCUGGGACCCAGAGAACAUGGAUAAUAUUCCCGAACCAACAGUUUUGACUCUGGAUCCCAAUGAUGAGAACAUCAUUCUUGGAAUUCCUGAAGAUGUGGAUCCUUCGACCCUGGCCCAAGGUACCGAUGCUCCGGUCAAGGUCAAAAUUCCACAUCCCCAUGUGAAGAAGUCAAAGAUCCUCCUUGGCAAAGCUGGAGUCAUCACCACCAUCGAGGAGGAGUCCCCCCCUCCACCCCCCAAGUCGCCUGACAAGGAUCCAUUCAAUAUAUCCAAUGAUGAGUAUUACCAGCCUAAGUCAUCUGAACAGACCAUCAAAAUGUCCAUGGGUGGCGGGCUCCUCCAGCACUCUACACCUGUGGUUGAGUUGCAACCACCUUUCAUUCCGACUUAUAUGGGAGAAAAGAAGUUACGCCUGUUCCACCGGCCACCGAUAAAGAGAUACUCCCACGGGCCCCUGUCAACUCUUGGCCCUCAUGCUGUCCAUCCUCUAACAAAAGAGAUCAAGAAAAAGGCUAAGCAACGUGAGAAUGAGAGGCUGGCAUCUGGUGGUGGAGAUGUCUUCUUCAUGAGAACUCCUGAAGAUCUCACAGGCAAGGAUGGUGACGUCAUCUUGUUAGAAUACUGUGAAGAGUAUCCUCCUCUGUUGUCCCAGGUCGGUAUGGCAACACGCAUCAAGAAUUAUUAUAAGAGAAAAGCUGGCAAUGACAAGGGUCCACCAGAAUUCCGCUUUGGAGAAACAGCAUAUGCCCACACAUCACCCUUCUUGGGUGCCAUGCAUCCAGGGCAGAGCAUCCAGACUAUUGAAAAUAAUAUGUAUAGAGCCCCAAUGUAUGAGCAUAAAAUCCCAUAUACGGAUUUCCUGGUUUUGCGAACACGGAAUGGAUACAGCAUAAGAGAGGUGGAUGGACUUUUCACUGUUGGUCAGGAGUGUCCUCUCUAUGAAACACCAGGACCAAAUUCCAAGAGAGCCAACAACUUCAUAAGGGAUUUCCUGCAGGUAUUUAUAUACAGAUUGUUCUGGAAGAGUAAAGAUAAUCCACGAAGAAUAAAAAUGGAUGAAAUCAAAAGAGCUUUCCCUGCUCAUUCUGAAAGCUCUAUCCGUAAAAGGCUCAAACCUUGCGCUGACUUCAAGCGUACAGGUGUUGACAGCAACUGGUGGGUAAUCAAGCCAGAGUUUAGAUUGCCCACUGAGGAGGAGAUUAGAGCCAUGGUAUCACCAGAGCAGUGCUGUGCCUUCUUCAGCAUGUGUGCAGCUGAGCAACGUCUAAAGGAUGCAGGUUAUGGAGACAAGUUCCUUUCUGCCCUUGAGGAUGACAAUGAUGAUGACACUCAGAAACUUGAUGACGAAAUCAAGGUUGCACCAUGGCACACAACAAGAGCUUACAUCCAGGCAGUGAGGGGGAAGUGUUUGCUGCAGCUCACUGGACCAGCAGAUCCAACAGGAUGUGGUGAAGGCUUCUCAUAUAUUCGAAUCCCUAACAAACCCACGCAAAACAAGGAAGAACAGGAGCAACAGCCAAAACGCACAGUUACAGGAACAGAUGCUGAUCUUCGAAGGCUUUCUCUAAACAAUGCCAAAAACCUGUUAAGACAAUAUGGAGUGCCUGAAGAAGAGAUUAAAAAACUCACAAGAUGGGAAGUCAUUGACGUUGUUCGAACAUUGUCUACUGAAAAAGCCAAGGCAGGAGAGGAAGGAAUGAACAAAUUUUCCAGAGGAAAUCGCUUCUCAAUCGCAGAACACCAGGAAAGGUACAAAGAAGAAUGCCAGCGAAUCUUUGACCUUCAGAACCGUGUGUUGAAUUCAGAGGAGGUGCUGUCAACAGAUGAGGGAUCAUCUGAGGAGGAAGAUAAUGAUUCUGACAUGGAGGAGAAAGGAAAAUACAUUGAGAACAUUCUUGCUAAUAAGAAGACCUCAUCCCAGAUGACAUUGGAGAAAGAAGAACAGGAGAGAAAAGAACUACAGAAAAUGAUAAUGGGAGAAGAUGAUAAAGAUGGUGAUAAGAAGAAAUCAACAAAGAAGGAAGAGGAUGAAAAUUCUCAGUUUGGUUUUGGAACUCCAGGUCGUUUAUUGCGCAUCACUCGCACCUUCAAGACUGGGGAUGGAAAAGAAUACACACGUACAGAGAUUGUCCGGAAAACAGCUGUCAUUGAUACAUAUGUUAAAAUUAGAACAUCUAAAGAUGAAUCAUUUAUCAAGAGCUUUGCUGGCCAGUUGGACGAAACUCAGAAGGAGGAGAUGAAGCGAGAGAGGCGCCGACUCCAGGAGCAGCUGAGGAGAAUCAAGAGGAACCAAGAACGGCAGCAGAAGGGCAUAGUGACUCCGCCCAAGACCAAGAAACCGAAACUGAAGCCUGACCUCAAACUCAAAUGUGGUGCCUGUGGUCAGGUUGGUCACAUGCGUACGAACAAGGCCUGUCCAAUGUACGCUGGUAACACAAGCAAUACACAGCCCAUCAGCGUAGCCAUGACAGAGGAGCAGGAGGAAGAGAUGGAGAAGGUUGGCAUCGAGGAGUCAGAGGAACUGAUCAAUGUGGAUGGCACAAAGAUCAAACUCUCCUCCAAAGUCAUCAAGCAUGCCGAAGAGAUCAAGAGGAGAUCCCUUGUUCUCAAAGUGCCCAAGGACCAGGUUAAAAAUGCUAAGAGGAGACGUGCAGGAACCGUAGUCCACUGCGAUUACCUGAAGCGAAAAGAACGAUCUGUCAACCGGCGUAGAAUCGACCCUGUCAUAACAUUGUCAACCAUUUUUGAGGAAAUGCUGAAUGAGAUGAGGGAAAUGUCUGAUGCCCAGCCCUUCCUCUUCCCUGUUAACAUCAAGCAAGUUCCAGACUAUUAUGACAUUGUUAGCCACCCCAUGGACCUGUCAACCAUCCGCGACAACUUACGCCAGAAGAAGUACCAGAGUAGAGAGGAGUUCCUCAGUGAUAUUUCCCAGAUUGUAGAGAAUUCAAAACUCUAUAAUGGUAAUGGUGUGAAGAGUACCCUGACAGUGACAGCGCAGAAGAUGCUUGAGCUCUGCAUUGACCGCUUUGCUGAGAAGGAGGACAAACUAAUGAGGCUAGAGAAGGCCAUUAACCCACUCCUGGAUGAUGAUGAUCAGGUUGCAUUUGAUUACAUCUUAGAUAACAUAGUGAAUCAGAAGCUGUUCUCAAUGCAGGAGUCAUGGCCUUUCAUGAAACCUGUGAACAAGAAAAAUGUUAAGGACUAUUAUGAAAUAAUUCAGAAUCCUAUGGAUCUUUCAACAAUUGCUAAAAAAGUGAAAAAUCAUAAGUACCAUAGCCGAGCAGAGUUCAUGGCUGACAUGGAGCUGAUCCUGACCAACAGUGUGCGGUACAAUGGCCAGGACUCGUCAUUUACACAAAAAGCAGAGACUCUCCUUCAAGUGUGUAAAGAAAGCUUGGCUGAGUAUGAGACACACCUAGACAGUCUGGAAAAGAAGAUAUCGCUUGCACAAGAACGAGCAUUGGAACAGGCAGAAACAGACUCCUUAGGCACCUCUCUAGGCCCAGAUGAUGAUACUAACUAUACUUAUGCUGAGCCAGAACAAGAUCACCCAGACCAACAGCUUGGUUCUCCUUCUGAUAACAUGAUGGGUUAUUCAGGUUUGUAUGGAGAUGAGGACGAUGAGCAUGUGAAUGUUGUUGAUGGUGACGAAGAGGAUAUGAUGCCAUCAGCCAAGAGAAGAAGAGUUCAGGAAAGCCAGAGGAAUGUACUUGAAGAAGAUCUUGAGUUUAGUGAUGAUGAGGAAGACUUUGGGGGCAGGAGGCAAGUGGAGAUGGAAGGGGACUUAGCAGCUGGAAUGGUUCUGGAAGAAGGCCAAUACAUCAACCCACAAGGGCCAGAUGAAACCCAGGGUGCUGCAGAAGCUAUGGUUCAGUUGGCUGCUCAGUACUCCUAUUAUCAGGGUGAAGGAAGUGGAGACGAACAUCAAGAUGGGUUAGUUGGGGACAACUCCAUGGUGGUGGAUGCUAGCUAUGACCCCUCUGUAGAGUUCCUUGGUGGAAUGAUGCCUUCUCAGCCUCAUGAUGAUGCAACUAUUAACAACGAUUUGGAGGUGUCCGACUCGGACGAUGAGGCCGGCCACCAAGCACAGCAACAAGUGCAAGAACCUCCACCGGAUGAAGAAGACGCACUUUGGUUCUAGGGUUUCGUCUCAUUGUCAGUCAGGAUCUCCUUUCUGCAGUAGAUGGCUGACUCAGUUUAACACUCAUACAAAAGAAGUACAGAAGAAUGGAUCUCGUUGUUUAGGGAAUUUUGCAUAAUUUUAUUUUUCAGGCUAAAUUAAGCAAGAAUACCAGGAUGGAAAUAGUGAAAAAAUUGGGUGAAUGUCUUCUGUUAUAGAAAUAUUUUUUUGUUAUUUAUAUUUUGUUUGUUGUUCUAAAUCACUGACCAUUACGAAGGUUUCUUUUUCUUAAUAUGCUCCACAGGUCAGGGGGAAUGAUAAGUAAUGAGGGUAGUCACAUUUAUUUUAGAAACUAUUUUCUUGAUUGAAAUAUUUCCUCUGAUGCAAGUAGUAUGUAAAUAUAUUUUUCUACUCUGUUAAAUUGAAAAAAAAAAAGAGGAUAAGAGAAUCUUGUUCUAAUUUAUAGUGUAAUAUAAUUUCUAAUGAAACAGGAAUAGAAAGCCAGUGAAAUAGACAUUUCAUUAUAUAUUUAUUAUGAUUAUCGUUUCUUUUUGUAGUGUUGGUUAGUAGUGUCAUGCUUUCCAAUAUUUGAUGUGUUCAUUCAUGUGAGAAAUUUGUAUAUAGGUGAAAUCUAGGAGCAGUAAAAAAGAUUGUUAGUUACUAAUUGUUUGCUUUUGUAUUUCAUGGGGAAUGGUAUUUAUGUGAGGCUGUGUAUAUAUAUAUACUUUAUUGUAUGAAG